AUGCCUCCUCUCCCUGCUGGUCUCAUUCUUGAUGCCGAAGAACAAAUGGCAUUUGAACAAAUGGGCGGACGAAAUACAAUAACUUUCAAUCGUCUUGGGGAUAAUCAAAGUAGACUUGCUUAUAUCCAAGCACUCGUCAAUACAAAAAAUACUGAAAUGGAAAGAUCGGAGAUUGAAUUUCAGACUAUUUCUUUCGUAGCCUAUCUUGCUGUCCUUAUUUGUUUAACUGUUCUUAAAGAUCGAAACGAAAAUGAAAGGUCGAUGGGUCGAAAUGAAAUUGUACGAUAUGAUGAAUGGAUAAGUCGGUCAAUCGGUCUAAAUAGAAGAAAUGAACGGUUGAAUGAACGGUUGAAUGAACAAUCGGUAGAAUGGACAGGUCGAUUGAUUUUUAAUGAAAGGUUAUUAGAAUGGACAGAUCGGUCCGUGGGUCAAAAUACAAAUGAGUGGUUAAAUGAACCGACACUUCGAGAUGAAAAUGACAAGAAGCUUAAUCCUAAAGAAGAAUUAGAGUCCUUUUUUACAAAUUGGACAAAUCGUGUACCAAAAAAAUCAUUUUCUUUGAUUUUUAUCAGUCAGAACUGUUCAAUCACAACAAAAGUUGGAGGUUAA